AUGCUGAGAAACGGUCGGUUUAAAGGCAAUGAUACCAAUGGGAGAUUCGGAGCCGGUUCUAGGCCUCGAAAGGUACUUGAACAAAACAUCGCUCAAAAUGAGAGUAGACGUUUGUCAAACCCUACACAGAAUGGACGAUCGGAUAGCAGAAUCAAUAUCUCUGUCAAGAGAGAGCCACCCUCACAGGGCAACGAGGCGAACGCUGGACGCCCUUCUGCAGAUGAGGGGCCAUCGCAGAACAAGCCUCACAGCGAUGUGCUCAAGGGCCUUCAAAAAUCUGCGCCACAGGAGACACUGGAGGAACUGAAGCGGCUGCAGCAGAAAAUUGUGGUUAAGGCCCAUCUAAACCGCUUCAAGGAUCUUGAUACGCCUUCUACAAACCCCGAAGCCCUGAUAAAAGCCAGAGAGGGCCCGGGAACAGACCCUGAAUCCAAGAUUUAUCAAGAGCUUUCUAGGUGGCGUGUUGUUCCAGGCAAAUCCCACAGGAAUUCGUCCGUCCAGUCGCUUGUUGGCGCUCUGGGACCGAAUAUUGAGACUGAACUUGAACGGUAUCAGGCACAGUGGACCGCUUACACGGAGACUGAAGCGGUUUACCCCGUUGUUGAUGAUGGACGACUCGUUCUCUUGUCCGAACCGACAGAUUCCGCACUUGUUCUCAAGGCGUCCAGUCAGGAGGUUGGUCUUCAGAUGGACCUUAAUGCUGCCGAUUUAAGCAUUGCAGUCCAGCCCGCUGAGCACAACUGGGGCGAUGCCUUUUACGCGAACUGGGAGUAUCGUCCUCGCACUUGUUCCAAUUUCGAGGCGUUCCGCGAUUGGUUCCGUCGCUGGCUUGACACGACCCUUUUGAUCUGUUGCUAUGUCGAUAUCUACCAUCCAGCAUUCUUCGAUGGCACCGCCCAUCCUGAUGGAGAAGCGUCACUUUUGAUUCCUGACUUUGAUGACCAUUCUACCAGUCUCGAUUGGAACGACGGAGAAUCCCAGCUUCAUUGCCACGAAACGGUGGAGGGCUACUGCUACAACUGGGCGCUGCAUAUCAAGCGUGAGGAAGAAGAAGAGCAGGAACGACGAGUGCGGGCUCGCAACGCCUACAUCGAGAGCACCAAGGCCACCACUCCCUUGGCCAGCCUGCAGACCCCGAAAGCAAACCUCUAUCUCCGCCCCGUCGAGAUGAGUGAUAUACCCGAGCUCCUCGAUAUUUUCAACUGGUACAUACACAAGUCCCCCCUCACCAUCGACGUGGCCACGCUUAAUGAGGAUGAAGUCCGCGAACGUAUUGAAACCGCCAAGCGCGAACGACUGCCCUUCAUCGUCGCCGCUGAGCGUAGGUCCAUCCACAACCGGGACAACUCUUCCCAGAAGAUCCUAGGCUACGCACUUGCCACUGACACCGUUGGUGAGCGGACUGCUGAGCGCUUCACUGCGGGUCUCGAGAUCUUCGUCAGACCCGAGUUCAAACACCGGGGUAUCGGAAAAUGCCUAAUGGACAAGCUUUUGGAGGUGUGCGAUCGGACCUACAACCCCCUUGGUGGCUACUUCUUCGAUGCCGACUUCGAGGAUCGUACUGGCUACUAUUCAGGAGGGCGACGCCGGCUUGCUUGUCUUAUGUUCGCCAUAAGUUACCCGUACGAGGAUCGUAAACAGUACAAGUGGAUUCAUGAGUGGCUGGAAAAGAAUUAUGGUUUUGAGCAACAGGGUCUGCUCAGGGGCACUCGGAUCAAGUUUAAUCGAUUGUGA